AUGGAAGGAAAGCAGAAAAGUCUACAUUGGGACGGACUGAGCAUGGACGGGCUUGCGGGGAUCCUCGCGCCGCCGCCACGCCUGGGCCUCUUCCUGCGCAGGGCCUACUACGACAGGCUCACGGUGGCUGAGGUGAGAGAGCUCAUCGGAACGAUCAUAGAAUAUGUACGGAACUUGAACCUCCGCGAGGUUCGCGUCAACGAGCCCUUUGCGUGGGCGGUCACACUGACGGGGAGCGUCGUGGUGCGAGUGCAGCUGCUGGUGAUGAACCAGAUAUGGGGGGAAGAUCGCGGGGGGAUAUGCUCCAUGCCGUCCUCCAGCAACGUGUAUCCGUUUGGGGAUAUGGUAAACGCUGUGCGUGAGAUGGGGGAGUCUAUCUUCUACGAGCUUUUGGAUCGAGAGCGGUGGUACGGCGCGGUAGAGAUUGUGUUGAGGGCUUUUGGGAUCACGUAUGAGGUGCAGAGGGACGAGCUCUUGGCUCUGGGUGCUGGCUAUGGAAUCAUGAGGGAUUCUGGGGUAGUUGUUCCCGGCCAUACAACAACGAUGCUGAUACUCCAACUAGAAGGAGUGAUGUUGCACCAGCUUCUGCAGCAUUUAGCAGUGCUUGAUCAUCAGGCACUGAGAUAUGAGGAAACAAUCACGGGGAAUAUGCUCCAUUCCCUCUUGCCGUACAACGAUCCAUUUGGUACACCGUAUGUGAGAUGGAGAGAGGUGGUACGGCCGGCUGGGGAAGAGGAAGAAUGCGGGAAAGCGCCACUCAUGCUGCUGCUCGCGAGAUUAUCGCCAGCUCUCCACAGCAGGGAAUGCGCACAGUCCGCGGGAGGAGGAACCAAGAAGGGAAGUUCUACCGAUGCGUUGAAGAUCUAUGAGAGAAUCAGGAGGGAUGGAGCCACGCCCAGCGUGCCAAUCACUCUGGCAGCGCUCAAGCUGUGCAGCAGCUCCAGAUAUCUGGAAGCCGGGCGGACAAUCCACCGCGAGCUCAGUGAUUCGCGAGAGAUGGCAAAUAUUUUCGUGGUGAACACCCUGAUCGACAUGUACGCCAAGUGUGGUAGCGUCGGCGAAGCUCGGCAACUCUUCGAGAUCACUGCCACUGCGCGCUCCUCCACGGUGGUGUCCUGGAACGCGAUCAUCGCCGGCUACGCCGAUUGCGGCGAGCCUCGCGUCGCGCUCGAGCUCUUCCAGCGGAUGCUAGACGAGGGAUUUCGACCGGAUGGCCGGACUUUCGUGGCGGCACUGCGAGCUUGCGCGAUCCUGGCACUGGAAGAGGAGGAUCGCCAGAUUGGCGAGGACAAUGUCAAGAGCAAGCUCCUGGAGAGAGGGAUGGCUCUACACUCGCAGGCGUGCUGCUAUGGGCUGGAAUCCAACGUCUACGUCGCGAAUACGCUGGUGGACAUGUAUGGGAAGUGCUCGAGCAUGGCCGACGCGAGGAGGGUGUUUGAUCGGAGCUGCCACUGCGUGAUCUCGUGGAACACGCUGAUGAUGGGAUACGCCGAGAGUGGCGAUGGUCAGGAGGCGCUGGAUCUCUUCCAGCGGAUGGAAAGUGAGGGAUUCCGGCCGGAUGGUCGGAGCUACACCGCUGCGAUCAAGGCUUGCGCGAGCUUCGCGUCGAGAGAAGAUGGAAAGCUCUUAGAUGUCGUAGAUGGUAGCACCAGCAGCGAGGGUGGCACCAAGAUCAAAGAUGGUAACAACGAUGGUAGCACCGAGAUUCAGGAUAACAGCGAUGGUAGCUCCAGAAUGAUCGAAGAUGGUAGCACUAAGCUCAAGAUCGCUGGAAGAAAAACCAGAGUUUUCAAAGCUGGAGCGCUCGAGAGGGGCUUCUACCUCCACGCUCGAGCUGCCAGCGACGGAUUCCAGUCCAGCGUCUUCGUGGCCAACGCGCUCAUCGAUAUGUACGGCAAGUGCGGCACCGCGGCAGACGCGCGGCGGAUAUUCGACGCCAUGGUAGACCGCAACGUGGUGACGUGGGCGACCAUGGUGCUGGCAUAUGCCGAAAAUGGCGACGCCGGGCUCGCGCUGCGUCUCUUUCGUACGAUGCGCGAGGACGCCGGGUUGGUGCCCGACUCGGGCGCUUACAUCGCGGCGCUCAAGGCGUGUGGAGCGCUGGCGGAUCUGGAGCGGGGGCGGAAGCUCCACGAGGAGAUCGCGGCGCGGGACGAUCUGGCCGCGCACUCGAUCCUGGAGACGUGCGUGCUGGAUUUCUACGCCAAGUGUGGCAGCAUGGGCGAGGCACGCCGGGUGUUUGAUUCCAUGCCCCGCCGCGAUCUCGUCGCCUGGAACGCUCUCAUCGCCGGGUACGCCGAUCAGGGGGACUUCGAUCGCUGCUUCCAGCUCUUCGACGACAUGGGCGCCAAGAACAGUGGAGUCCGCCCGGAUGGAGUGACGUUCCUCUCGAUCCUCUCGGCCUGCGGCCACGCGGGCCUCGUGGAUCGAGCCAGAUUCUACUUUGCGCUGAUGCGAUCGCCGCGGUUCGGGGUGGAUCCCAGCGUGGAGCACUACAACUGCAUGGUGGAUGUGCUGGGGCGCGCGAAUCAGCUGGGCGAGGCCAUGGCGAUGGUGGAGGAGAUGCCGCACGGGGGCAAUGUAAGGCUGUGGACGUCGCUGUUGAGCUCGUGUAGGAAAUGGGGCAAUGUGCGCGUCGGGAAGAUCGCGUUUGAGGGGCUCCUGGCGCUCGACGAUCGAGGAUCCCCGGCGUACGUCCUCAUGGCCAACAGCUACGAGAACGACGAGUUUCUAGGGUUCUUGAGCAGAAAUUAGGGCUCCUUUGACUUUUCUGGUCAAAGGUUGACUGGUCUGGUCAAAGGGGGAAGGUAUGAUUCCCGACAAAGACAACACACGCGGGACGCGUCGGCGCACACGAAUCCAUCGCGCCUCCUCCAACCAAUUCCUUCUUUUUCAAAGUACACCAAAGCUUUUUGAUUGAUUGGAAAAACUAUUUCAAAGAUUACAAAAGUUUACAAGGGGA